AUGCUUGACGGCAGUAUCAAGUGGCUGUUUGACCUGGGAAUUAAAGAUGCCGGGAAGCUCCACAACCUUGUUCCUCACUUUCGUCAUCGCCGAGUCAACAUUGCCGGCAAACCCGGUUAUGACGGAAAAAGAAGUAACCGCCUGUCCAAGCUUAGUAUCAAGCUCAGUAGCCACCCCCUUAGCCGCGUCGAUCUCCGCCGCGAUGGAGGAUUUAUCUUCGGUCCCGACUGUCUCCGCUUUGGCGAGCCAUUCGAGCUCUGUGGCGGCUUUUCUGGCCUUGGCAGUGAGCUCGUUGAGGAUAUGUUGAACAGCGUCGGUAAGCCUUGA